UGUUGUCAUCUUUGAAAGCUGAGGCAAAGCCCGUGCAGAAGUCAUGGUGUCACUUGUCUAUGUCUUUGAAGAGGAUUACCUACAGAAUGAUACCCUCCACUCCAACCUAACGCUCUACGUUCCCGAGCUAAAUCUUUCACCAUGUGCGAUGGAACCGGAUCCUGCAAUAUAUGUGACCCUGUGCCUCAUCCUCAUUGCCAUCUUUUUACUGGCAAUUCCAGGGAACUUGAUGGUGGGGUGGGUGAUCAGCACCAGCAGACAGGCGCUGACUCCAUCCGAUAUGUACUUGUUUCACCUGACGGUGGCAGAUGGUCUGAUGGCCUUAACCCUCCCAUUCUGGGCUGUAGCAAUGGUCCAAGGAUGGGUCUUUGGAGACUUCAUGUGCAAGUUCCUCAACCUCGUCAUCGAAGCAAACUUCUACACCAGCAUCCUCUUCCUCGCCUGUAUCAGCAUUGAUCGUUAUCUUGUGAUAGUGCACGCGAGUGAGAGUUUAAGCAGCCGCCAGAGGAAGCGCAGCUGGAUCCUCUGCGCAGCAGUGUGGGCCCUCGGUUGGGCCCUCGCUCUGCCUGCACUUUUCUAUGAUGCCUCCAAGCCAAACUCAGCCUCACAGAAGAUGGUUUGCUCUGAAAACUUUAACAUCGGCAGAGCCUCCUCGUGGAGGCUUGCCACUCGCUUGUUCCGCCAUAUUUUUGGCUUCUUUCUCCCUCUGGGUGUCAUGAUAGCCUGCUACAGCGUCACCAUCGCACGGCUCCUACACACUCGAGGUUUCCGGAAGCACCGGGCCAUGAAGGUGAUCAUUGCCGUGGUGAUUGCAUUUCUGCUGUGCUGGACGCCUUACAACAUAGCCAUGAUGGUGGACACAAGCCUGAGGGCCGGUCUGAUACCAAACAGCUGUGCUGUGAGGAAUUCAGUGGAGAUGGCCUUGCUUAUAACUAACAGCAUGGCCUUGCUCCACAGCUGCAUCAAUCCUGUCCUCUAUGCCUUUGUGGCAGAGAAGUUCAGGAGAAAAAUUGUGCUACUUCUUCAGAGGAAAGUCAGACAGGAGAGAUUGUCGGGGUCAAAGUUCAGUAGGUCGACAUCUCAAACCUCAGAAGGCAACGGAGCUGUUCUCUGAAACCACAAAGGACAGUAAAUGCCCACAGUCAUCAAAGCCUUUUAGUCCAGAAAGGAAGAAACAAUGUUUUUACAAGUACAUAAAGCUCUUUUCCCAACAUAAAAUGGACUACACAGCUUUGUCAAAACAAGAGUCCAACCUUCAUGUCAGUCCAUUCAAUAGUUGUUGAGAUACGUCACUUAAAACUACAAAUGUCAACCUCAUGGCGAGAUAAAAAAGUUAGUAGGAUUCAUCCUCUGGGGCCAAUGAAUAAUUAGUGAUAGUGAUAAUAUAUAUGGCUUCGUGUAGACUUCAUUGCUCAAUGAAAGGACUUUUCUGAAGUAUAAAAUGUAUGAAGCUUAAGAGGAUUGAAAGAUGACUAAAGUAAUGUCACGAGAUUAAAUAACUUCAUACAUUUUCAGUAAUCAGAAAUAAAGAUUACUCUUGGUUUCCACUUGUUUUCAUUUUGACAAAAAGAAACUCUCAUAUUAUGAUAUAAACAUAAAAUGAUUUAUUGAAGUGUAUAGCCUUUUUUAUCUAUAUUUAUUGUCUUUCAUUGUUUGCUUUCUAUUAGUGAGGUACACUGCUGCCAUCUAUUGAAUUUACUGUUGUCCACAUCCACUAAUGGAUCCACUUCCUUUCUCUAAUUUCACCAAGUCUGAGCUAUGCAGUGACAAAAACGUGGAUCUGUUUUUUAGUUUUUAGUAUGUAUACCGCUGCCUUUUUUUCAAUAAAAUCAGGAAAUCUAAUAAAUUUUAUGACAACUGGCCAAAAUCUGUCUGCCGAGGAAGAUUGUGUGAUGCAAUCGAAAGAUCCAGAACAGCUACCAAUUGAUGUACCUUGUGGUUUCGUCAUCAACUUCUAAUAAAGGUAGCAACACUGUAGCACACAUUUCUGAACAUGUUGUAUUUUUACUACUAUCAUUGCACAGUGUGGUCCAGCUGGAGGGUCUAUGGGAAAUGGUCCAAAUAUGAAUGAAUUCAUUAUGUUAAUUGAUUUCAUGGCAUUCUUUUCCAAAUGACAGCAACAGAAUAAACUAGUAAAAAAAUAUAUUUAAUACAAUUGUUUUCAGGACAUAUAAUAUUACAUAACAGUAGGUGAUGUUAUGGUAUACAGUGUAAUAUUGUUGUGCUGUGCAUUAAAAAUUUU